AUGGGAACCACAUUUGUCGCUAUUAUUUCUGGCGCGGCUGGAAUUGCUGUUCUAUUUUGUAUUGCCUCAUUAUGCAUGAUUUUUUCGGAUAUCAAUAGUUUCUACGAGCAAAAGAUUGAUGAGAUCAAAGAAUUUCGUGAUAUUGAAAAAGCGGCAUGGGAAAAUAUGAUGAGUGUGACAAAUCCAAUGACUGCCGAAUCUGUUUUCUUGAUCGGAAGAAACAAGAGAUAUGCUGGACAACAAUGUAAUUGUGGACCACAAUCGAGAGGAUGUCCUGCUGGACCACCAGGUCCUCCAGGUCCACCAGGACAACGAGGAGAUAAUGGAUUGCCAGGAACUCCAGGACAACCAGGAUCAGGUGCUAGAAUCAAUCCAACAACUCGCAAACCUGCUUAUUGUCAAUUUUGUCCAGCCGGAAGACCUGGAAAUCCAGGACCACCAGGUCCACCAGGAGGUUCGGGACCAAACGGACAACCAGGAUCACCUGCUUAUGGAGGAGGACGUGGGCUUCCAGGAGCACCAGGACCAAAAGGAGAUUCAGGAUCACCAGGAGCACCGGGCAGACCAGGAGCUCCGGGACAAGCUGGUAGACCUGGACAAAGAUCGCGAGGAUUGCCAGGGCCAGCUGGAAGACCAGGACCACCAGGCCCAUCUGGGCCACCAGGACAACCAGGAAAUGGAGGAGGAAGAGGACAACCAGGAAGACAAGGACAACCGGGAUCUUCUGGAAGACCAGGAGGACCAGGUCAACCAGGUCGACCAGGAGCUCCAGGACAUCCAGGAGGACCAGGAAAAGAUGCAGGUAUACUUUUUUGCCAAACUUCAAAACAUACAAUUUUAAAAUGUUUCAGGAUAUUGUGCAUGUCCAGCGAGAUCAUAUGAUUAUGUUCAACGUUCAGCUGUUCGCCGUCGUUACCACCAAUAA